UGUUCUAAAUAGACGCGUCCAACUUAGCGCAAGAGGUCGAGAACACGGAGCACGAAGCCAGAGAGGUCAGGGGAGGGCGAAGAUAUAAAAUCAUGAGGUUGUCCAUGGUUUUAGCGUAUCUUCCGAAGACAGUGAGGGGAAUGAGAUACAAGUGGUACUUCAACACGGAACACGUUCCCGGAAAACAGUGGACUGGAAAGCACCGUCGAUGGCGGCCAAUCACAUUGACGAUGAAGAGGAACACGGUCAAAAGAUUGCGGUGGGAAGCAGAGACAGAGAAGUACCUGUCCACCUGUCACUUAUCCCAGGCAGAGGAGGCAUGUAUCGAUGAGGAAUCUCGUGCCAAGAAGGCGAGUGAAGAGUAUUUUGAUAGGAGAUACCGUGCAAGAAUGCCGGCACACAAGUUCAUACAGGAUCAGCUGGAUCAUCUGAAUAUCAACAAGAGAUGGGCAGACCCCCAGGAAUAUCAGAGAGACAUUCCGAUUCGAAAGAAGAAAUCAUACUUGGACUUCAAGUAAACUUCUGCAAAUAGUUGAAACCCAAGUCAUGUGUGUUUACUGUUUCGUUUGAACACAAUGGCUAUGGUACACUUACUAGUAAUGUUAAAUAAACUAUGUAAAAGCAGAACAUAGAUAUUACAAUAUCAACUGAAAUGGAAUACAGCACGGUCUCUUUUUCAACACCUCUUUUAUUUUAUUCAAUUAUCCGCUUUAAGUUUACCAUAAAGCACUUCCCCACUUUGCUGCAAAUGUUGUCUCCAAUUUACCAGCAUGAUACAUGUAGCUUGUAAUCUGAAAUUUUCUAUACAAUAGCCACACCACUUACAAAAAUGAAGCUGCAAUAAUUCAGUCAUUUGUAGAACUAGAUACAUCAAUUUUAAAUUGCUAUUUCACCAAUAAAAAAAUAAAAUGUCAUG